CAAUUUGCAUAUAUAAAAGAUUGAAAAUAAGUAUUCUACCUGCGCACUUUAUUGCAACUCGAGUACCUAUAAUCAUUUGAUCGCGAGUCCGUCGUCGGUUCUCUGCAGAAUUAGGAGGUUGCAAAUUGUAUUUUUCAAUAAUAAUUUCGAUAGAUUUUAAUUUGCAUUAGCAUAUACGAGUACAUAGAACUAAAAAUGCUUAAAGUGAAGUAUUGUUGUAGAAGCUGUACGGCGAUCUUCGUGGUUAUUCUUUCGGUUUUUCAUAUGCAAUCUUGCCAAGUUAUAACGACAGAGAAUACUGGUUCUUUGGACAUAGACAAUAUUACAAAGACUGACAACGAGACUUUGGACACUGGCAUUAUUACAAAGACUGACAACGAGACUUUGGACAUUGACAGUAUUACAAAGACUGACAACGAGACUUUGGACAUUGACAGUGUUACAAAGACUGACAACGAGACAACACCAUCUUGUAAAACUGGUAAAUUCCAAUGCCGAAACUGCGUUCUUAGAAAAUUGUUAUGCGAUGGAAAAGCCGACUGUUACGAUGGAAAAGAUAAAGCCGAUUGCUGGUGCAAUGCCUUUUGGGAAAUUCUUACCAAAGACCAAAUUUCGAAUGCAGGCGAUACUUUUAAUAUGACUUGCUUGGUUUAUGGUGCUGGUGAACCUAUCCCAGAAAUAGAAUGGAAUCAAAAUGAGGAACUUGUCCCUAGGAACUGUACAUCGACCGGAGAUCACGGAACUGGAGUAAUGACUUGUCCAAGUAUCGAAUCGGCAGUUGGACACUAUGCAGGUGUUUACAGCAGUGUUGCGAAAAGAAUGUAUUCUUGUUCUCUUUCCUGGGUCUGUUUGUUCCAUUAACAUCAUAAGCUGCAAGGUCGAUGGGUUAUUCCUAUAUGAAUCAAAUGUUUCGUUCUUUCGUUCGUCUCUGUUCGUCCUCGUCCUCGUCCUCGUUUUCGUCUUUCGUUCUUCAUAUAAAAAGUAUCUAAUUGAAAAAACAUUCAAAAUUGAGAAAUUUUUUUCUCAUUAAGCCAACAACCUUGAAAAAGUUACGAACGUUCGAAGAUCAGAAAAACAAUUUUUUUUUCAUUUUACGCCGAAUAUUGCAAUUUAACAGUGUUUUUCAAUAGGUAUAAAAGAUGAAAAAUAUUUUUAAAAAUUAUUGAUGUGAUGUGUGCCUGGUUGGAAUUGCCAACGAGAACAAAUAACCUAAACAAACGCAGGGAACGAGCCUUCUUGUUCUUUUGCUCUUCCUGGUCCAAAAAAAUUAUAAUUUGUUCUUUCGUUCUCGGUUCAUUAAUUUUUAUAUAUGUAUUUGUUCGUUCGUUCGUUCGUUCGUUCUCAAAAUUUGUUGUUCUUCUGUUAUAUUCUUUCGUUCUCGUUCUUCGUUCGUUCUCGCAACAUUAGUUUAACAGUUGCAAAGGAAUCGACCAAGAAACAUUCACUAUCCACGCCCGUUCCAUCAGUUCUAAUCUCUGGUUACAGAUCGGUCAAAAAAAAAACUGAAAAAGGGAAAGAAGGAAAAAAAUCGUUGCAGCUUUUCAAUCGACAUCAACAGAUGAAAUCAUUCAUUCACUAAGUUUUUGAUAAUAAGUACCUAAGUAAUGUAAGAUUAUAUUAAUUAGAGGUUACUCAACAAAUAUCUACCUAUACUAUACUUA